CAGCACUCGGCGCUGGGAGCGGCGCCCACCGGGCGGCGCUACGAGGCUGGGGCGACGGGCGGUGCCUCCGCCCCUCACGGGCGGGGAGGGGCCGGGGCUGGGUACCUCGCUCGCGGUCCCCUCCGUCGUGCUUGCGCUUGGGCUGGGAAGCGUCUGCUGCCGGCUCGGGGCAGGAGGCGUCGGGCGGCCGCGGAACGCGGGCAGCGCCUUUCGGCAGCAGAGGAGGAAAUGGCCAAAAUGGAGGUCAAAACAUCACUCUUGGAUGACAUGAUUGGGGUGGGAGAUAUGGUCCUUCUGGAGCCACUUGAUGAAGAUUCAUUCAUCGACAAUCUGAAAAAGCGUUUCGAUCACAACGAAGUAUAUACGUACAUUGGCAGCGUGGUGAUAUCCAUAAACCCCUACAGAUCUCUACCCAUUUAUACUCCAGAGAAAGUGGAAGAAUACAGGAACCGCAACUUCUACGAACUCAGUCCUCACAUCUUUGCAUUGUCAGAUGAAGCAUACAGAUCUUUAAGGGACCAGGACAAAGACCAGUGCAUCCUUAUUACAGGCGAGAGUGGAGCUGGAAAAACAGAGGCGAGCAAACUUGUCAUGUCAUAUGUUGCUGCUGUAUGUGGAAAAGGUGCAGAGGUCAAUCAAGUAAAAGAACAACUUUUGCAGUCAAAUCCAGUUCUUGAAGCUUUUGGAAAUGCCAAAACUGUAAGGAAUGACAACUCCUCUAGAUUUGGAAAAUACAUGGAUAUUGAGUUUGAUUUUAAGGGUGACCCACUCGGAGGAGUUAUAAGCAACUAUCUGCUGGAGAAGUCUCGUGUUGUUAAGCAGCCAAGAGGUGAAAGGAACUUUCACAUUUUCUAUCAGAUACUGUCUGGUGCAUCAGAAGACUUCCUCUGCAAACUGAAACUGGAGCGGGACUUCAGCAGAUACAACUACCUGGGCCUGGAUUCUGCCAAAGUGAAUGGAGUGGAUGAUGCUGCAAACUUCAGAACAGUCAGGAAUGCAAUGCAGAUUGUGGGGUUUAUGGAUCACGAGACACAGUCUGUUUUUGAGGUGGUGGCAGCCGUUCUGAAAUUGGGAAACAUUGAAUUUAAGCCUGAGUCUCGCGUGAAUGGCCUGGAUGAAAGUAAAAUCAAAGAUAAAAAUGAGCUCAAGGAAAUCUGUGAGCUGACAGGUAUAGACCAGUCUGUAUUGGAAAGAGCUUUCAGCUUCCGGACAGUUGAAGCCAAGCAAGAGAAAGUUUCAACAACACUAAAUGUGGCUCAGGCUUAUUACGCUCGUGAUGCUUUGGCUAAGAAUUUAUACAGUCGUCUGUUCUCUUGGCUGGUUACCAGGAUAAAUGAGAGCAUUAAGGCGCAAACAAAAGUGAGGAAGAAGGUAAUGGGGGUGCUAGACAUCUAUGGCUUUGAAAUUUUUGAGGACAACAGCUUUGAGCAAUUCAUUAUCAACUACUGUAAUGAGAAGCUGCAGCAGAUCUUCAUUGAACUUACCCUCAAAGAAGAGCAGGAAGAAUACAUCCGAGAGGGGAUUGAGUGGACUCAUAUUGAAUAUUUUAACAAUGCUAUUAUUUGUGACCUAAUAGAAAAUAACCAAACUGGAAUCCUGGCCAUGCUAGAUGAAGAAUGCCUGAGACCAGGAACUGUUACUGACGACACCUUCUUAGAAAAACUGAACCAAGUUUGUGCCACUCACCAGCAUUUUGAGAGCAGGAUGAGCAAGUGCUCCCGGUUCCUCAAUGACACCACCUUGCCUCACAGCUGCUUCAGGAUUCAGCAUUAUGCUGGCAAGGUUAUGUACCAGGUGGAAGGAUUUGUUGACAAAAAUAAUGACCUUCUGUACCGUGACCUCUCCCAGGCCAUGUGGAAGGCCAACCAUUCUCUUAUCAAAGCACUCUUCCCUGAAGGGAACCCAGCAAAGAUCAAUCUCAAGAGACCACCAACGGCAGGUUCACAAUUCAAGGCUUCAGUUGCUACCCUGAUGAAAAAUCUUCAGACCAAAAAUCCCAACUAUAUCAGAUGCAUCAAACCCAAUGACAAAAAGGCUGCCCACAUUUUCAACGAUGCCCUGGUGUGCCACCAGAUCCGCUACCUCGGCCUGCUGGAGAACGUGCGGGUCAGGAGGGCAGGUUAUGCGUUCAGGCAGGCCUACGAGCCUUGCCUGGAGAGGUACAAGAUGCUAUGCAAGCAGACAUGGCCCCACUGGAGAGGGCCAGCCAGGGCUGGAGUGGAGGUGCUUUUCAGUGAAUUGGAAAUCCCUGAAGAAGAAUUUUCCUUUGGUAGAUCAAAGAUAUUCAUCCGCAACCCAAGAACGCUCUUCAAACUAGAAGAUCUGAGAAAGCAGCGGUUGGAGGACUUGGCUACUCUCAUUGAGAAGAUUUAUAGAGGCUGGAAGUGCCGCACACGCUUCUUGUUAAUGAAGAAAAGCCAGAUUGUGAUUGCUGCCUGGUACAGGAGAUACGCACAACAAAAAAAAUACCAGAAGAUAAAGAGUUCAGCUAUUAUAGUCCAGUCUUACAUCAGAGGAUGGAAGGCUCGGAAACUUCUUCGGGAGCUUAAGCAUCAGAGGCGUUGUAAUGAGGCUGCCACAAUAAUUGCUGCUUACUGGCAUGGUACCCAGGCACGAAGGGAACUGAGACGACUGAAGGAGGAGGCUAGAAAUAAACAUGCUAUUGCUGUUAUUUGGGCUUUCUGGCUUGGAUAUAAGGCUCGAAGGGAAUUGAAACGCUUGAAGGAGGAGGCUAGGCGUAAGCAUGCUGUUGCAGUCAUUUGGGCUUACUGGCUUGGACUGAAGGUCCGUAGAGAGUACAGGAAAUUCUUCAGAGCCAAUGCUGGAAGAAAGAUUUACGAGUUUACCCUUCAGAGACUUAUGCAAAAAUACUUCCUGGAAAUGAAGAACAAGAUGCCUUCUUUAUCACCAAUAGAUAAAAACUGGCCAGCCAGACCUUACCUUUUCUUGGAUUCCACUCACAAGGAACUAAAGAGGAUUUUCCAUCUGUGGAGGUGUAAAAAGUACAGAGAUCAGUUCACAGAUCAGCAGAAGCUAAUCUAUGAAGAAAAACUGGAAGCCAGUGAACUUUUCAAGGACAAGAAGGCUUUGUAUCCAGCCAGUGUUGGACAGCCAUUCCAAGGGGCUUACUUGGAAAUCAGCAAGAACCCCAAGUACAAAAAACUUAAAGACGCUGUGGAUGAGAAAAUCAUUAUUGCCGAAGUUGUGAAUAAGAUCAACAGAGCCAAUGGGAAGGCCACCUCCCGGAUUUUCUUACUAACCAAAAAUAAUGUUCUGCUUGCGGAUCAAAAAUCUGGAAAUAUCAAAUCAGAGGUGCCACUGGGAGAUGUUACCAAAGUGUCCAUGAGCUCCCAGAAUGAUGGCUUCUUUGCAGUGCACCUCAAGGAGGGGUCAGGAGCAGCUGGUAAAGGAGAUUUCCUGCUGAGCAGCGAUCACCUUAUUGAAAUGGCCACUAAACUUUACCGCACUACCCUCAGCCAAACCAAGCAGAAGCUCAACAUUGAGAUAUCUGAUGAGUUCCUGGUUCAGUUCAGACAAGACAAAGUGUGUGUGAAGUUCAUACAAGGCAGCCAGAAAAACGGCAACAUCCCAACCUGCAAGCGAAAAAACAAUCGGCUUCUUGAAGUGGCUGUCCCUUAACUGCAGCUGGUUGCCUCUCUCUUUCGUGGACUUGUUUCUUUGUAAUAGUGCAAUUUUAGUUGUUUGGUUUUGCUGGAUUUAUCCCUUUCUGGAGCUGUGGAUGGCUAAUAGCUUUAGAAACCUGUGGCAAAACAUUUGCUCAAUCAACUUUUUAAUCUCUUUUGUUUAAGCCAGAGUUUUAACCCUAAAAAAUGCAGCUGGCACAUACCUGUCACACACAAACCAUUCUCUUUUGUUUAGCAGUCUUAUUUUAGUGCAGCGUACCAUAAACCCACACUAUUACUGAUCAGUUACUCACAUUCCCUAGGCUAGAGACCCAUGUAAUAGGAACUCUGUAUGGCCUCGAUGCCCCUGGUGCCCACUGUCUUUUCAUACCAACCUGUUCUGGUGUUCUGAGGGGCUCUUUGCUUGCUGGCACCGGGGAGCAACAUGGAGACCAACACACAAGCUUCUGUAGUUAACACUAGGACCUACAUAAGCCCAUCUUUCAGUCAGUGCAGCACAGCAACAUCCAGUUCGGCCAAACAGAAGGAAUAUAUAAUUAUAGAAGUAGCUGUAUGGAUCAUUUUAUAGUAAAACCUGCAGACAUUUUGAAACAGGAUUUUUAACCAGGUCAGAUUUUUUAAUGACUUUAUACAGUGAGAACCAGGACAACUCAAAAAAGCUGUCACCAAAGCUACACAAUUCAAGGCAUAUUUUCACAGAAUCACAGAAUGUUAGGAGCUGGAAAGGACCUUCAAAGACCAUCUACUCCAAGCCCCCUGCCAGAGCAACAUCACCUAUACCAGAUCACACAGGAACACGUCCAGGCGGGUCUUGAACAUCUCUAGGGAAGAAGACCCUGACAAUGCCCCUGGACAGCCUGUUCCAGGCUUCUGUUUCUGGUCUGCCUUUUUUUUUUUUUAACUUUUACAUCACCAGUUAAGAUUAGAGCCUAAGAAAAAAAAAGCAGUAGUAUUCCUACCGUAAGUAAAGAGUAUUUAAACAGUGAGUUAGCCAGCUACCAGCAUGUACAAUGUGCAGUAACACACGAGACAUUCUGUGGGCAAUUAUUUAUAAAGCAUUUUUGUGUGCAAGAAGAGAGAAUUGGUGCAGACUGCAUAGACAAUGUAGGGGUUAAAAUAGAGCUGUGUUGUUCAGUUGCAGUUUUUUAGAGUAGUUGUCAAGUUGGGAAGAGGACUUAGCCCAAAAAAAAGUGUAAUUGGGGGUGGGAUGGGAGGGCUGCCCCUGUAUAUAAAUUGGUCCCAUGGUAAUAAAACUGUUCUAAUUCUGUGCUGUUUGGUACUCCUAUGUCAUAACCAUAUUUUUGUACUCCAAACUAUUUUAUAUAACCCGUGUGCCUGAUGUAAAUGCAUGCACAGAGAAUACAAUCAGGAGCUGCAUUUCAGUGUAACUGACUGCACUUCAUCUUUUGUAAGCCAAAAGCUGAAAUCCUGAAGAGGAGAGAUGCCUUUUAAAGAUAGAGGUAACCACUCAAGUGAAGGGUUUGUUGGAUGUGGCUGUUUGAUUUGUUGAUGCAAGGACAGUGGAGAGAGGAUUGUAAUUUUUGCAGUCUGAUCUAGGACAGAUUAAGAUCCUGAGUAUCUGAUGUGCAGUGCUGGAAGUCCAAACAUAAAUAAAGGCAAGAUAAAGAAAAGUUUUGUUACUCUCCCAGUGGUAAAGUAAUGCAGUGCUGUUUGCUGUGAAGGCUUCUCUACCUAGAUCAGCAUUAACACUGGCAUUGAAACAGCCUUUACUGGAAAAGGUAACCCUAGUGGCUAUCAGUCUGAAAAAAAACAACUGCUUUGGGUCAGAGCACAUUUUGCUUUGGGCUCAAAGUACCUAGUUUUGCUAUGAUUUGGAUCCAAAUCAGUUGUUGUUACUGGCUGCUUUAAUAUUGCUGUUAAAUGCCCGUGCAUGUGUCCUUGAAAGGUAGGAGUAAGCAACAGAUCUUUUCCAAUAUGACAAAAGGUUACUCCUUCAUUCUGAUCUGAGUUUAAACCUUUCUUUUAAUCAUAAAAACAGAAUUAUAUUGGUUGGAAAAGACCUGCAGGAUCAUAAAGUCCAACCAUUGACCCAACAUCACCACAGCCAUUUAAUCAUGUCCCAGAGCAUCACAUCCACACAUUUCUUGCACAGUUCCAGGGACAGUGACACUACUACCUCCCUGGGCAGCCUGUUCCAGUGCCUGACUAACAGCUGAGUCAUGUGAAAGAUUUAAUUACACUGAAAUAAUUUGACACAUUAUUUUAGAGAUGCUUACAAAGAUCUUGGUAUCAAUUUGCAAUGUACAAUCAGAAUACUUCAGAAGAAUUAUUCCACUGCCUGAAGAAGACAGCAUAGAAUCAUGGAGUGCUUUGAAGUUGAAAGGGCCCUUUCAAGAUCACCUAGUCCAACCCUCCUGCAGUAAGCAAGGGCAUCUUCAACUCAGAACCCCAUCCACCCUGACCCAGAAUAUUUCUAGGGUUGGGACAUCUACCACUUCCCUGGUUUCAUCAUCUCCACCUAAACAAUUUCUUCCUUGUCUCUAGUCUCAAGCUCCCCUUUUAGUUUCAAACCAUCACCCUUCAUCCUGUCAAAACAGGCCCUGCUAAAACAUUUGUCUCCAUUUUUCUUACAGGUGCCCUUUAAGUACUGAAAGGCUGCAAAAAGUUUUCCUUUCUCUUCUCCAGGCUGAAUAACCCAAACUCUCUCAGUAUUUCAAACCACAAGAUCUUGUACUAGAAUUCCUGCUUAAGUAAGGAUUGGAAGGUUUGUAAGACUGUUCACUGUCUUGAAAAACACACAGUAGGAAGCACAAGGAGAAAAUUGCUACCAUAAAGUAAGGAAAACAAACAUUUCAAGUCUGAUCUCAUCCUGUAGUAGCUUCCAGGUAGGAAAUGGGAGAGUUUGGAUGACUGGAUGGAUGGAUACUGGAACCAUGAAAUUAGGGUGUUACAGGAUAAUGUUAGGAGGCUACAGUGUGCACUUGGGAGCUCAGAAGGUCAAUGGCAUCCUGAGCUGCAUCAAAAGCAGCACGGCCAGCAGGUUGAGAGAGGUGAUUAUGCCACUGCUUUGGUGAGAUCUUACUUGGGAGUACUGUGCCCAGUACUGUAACCCUCAGCACAGGAAGGACCUGGACCCGAUGGAUGGAGCAAGUCCAAAGGAGGGUCACAAAGAUGAUAGCGGGGGGCUAGAGCACCUCUGCCAUGAGAACAGGCUGAUGGAGCUGGGGUGGUUGUCUGAAGAAGGCUCCGGUGAGACCUAAUAGCAGCCUUCCGGGGCCUGCAAGAAGGCUGCAGAGGGACUGUUCACAAAGGCCUGCAGGGAUAGAACAAGGGGUAAUGAGAAUGAGCUUGAGAUUAGAGAAGAGCAGAUUUACACUGGAUGUUAGGAACAAGUUCUUUACUAUCAGGGUGGUGGAACACUGCAACAAGUUGCCCAGGGAGCUGGUUUGGGCCUCAGCCCUGGAGAUAUUCAAGGUGAGGCUCCACAAGGCUCUGAGGAACCUGAUGUAGUGGAGGAUCUACUGCUGACUGCAGGGGUUUGGACUCAAUGACCUUUGGAGGUCCAUUCCAACCCAAACUAUUCCAAGAUUCUAUGGUAUUUGACCCAUUCCCAGCCAGACCCAGCACACAUCCAUUUUGUUUCUUUGAUCUUUGCAGCAGGGCUGGUUGGCCAUACCUGCAAAAGACUGCAAGAAGGACAAAUUCCUUACUUGGAUCUAUGUUCUUUCAUUCUUUUUCUGGACCUUUACAUUUUUUUACCUUGCAUAUGAGCUGGGACUUUGUGAUAUUUACCUUGGGAUACUUCAGUAUUUCUCAGUGUUGCUGAACUUGAGUUCUUUUGAUACGCUAGGAGAGCCAUGGUGUCUUGAUGUAGAAGUUGUUAUAGAAGUACCUAGGAUGUGGAAAAUAAAAACACAAUGUCACACAGGGCUUUUUUUCCUUUCCUCUGCUUUCUUUUAUGCUCUUCUGUCAAAUGGAGUUGUAAAGAUGAUUCCUGCUAUGGUGCUAACCUGACACACCCUUUUAUUUGUAAAUCUUGUCAUGGGCAAGCUAGGCAAGAAUGGUUAAGAAAGAGAUUUGUUGCAUGAUACUUUCCAGAAUCAAAUAAAAUUGUGUUCUUAGACCUA